AUGUCGGAACCACCGGGAGCUUUUGAGCUCGAGUGGACCAACCACGGCCUCCUAUCCUUAACCUCCUCUGCCCUCGGCUCUGGACUUGAAAUGCCGCGAGAAUCGCAGUCUUUCGCGCUUCGGUGGACAAACCAUGGCCUCCCGACAAACCAUGGCCUCCCAUCUCCAGCUCGGCUUCGAUCGCGUCGUCCAUUCAAUGCAAACGCGCUAGACGACGAGCAUCAGGAUCUGGAUCUGAUGCAAGACGACGAUAUCAAGGAUCUUGACCUCACGCGGAGCCAUGAUGUUGAGGAUCCCAAUCUCGCGCAGUCUCAAUUCAAUCCUUUAUUGACUACUAGACAUCACACACAACUAGAUCUUUCUUGGACUCGGAACGGCGAUAUCAAGGAUCCCAAUCUCACUCAAGACUCCGAUGACAAGCAUCCUCACCUCGCUCAACACGACGAGCAAAACGGUUUUGAUCUUGUUCAGGACCACGAGCAUAUGGAUCUCACUUUCGGAUCCGACUCCGACGAAAAGGAUUAUUAUCUUACGCAAAACGACGAAAAUAAGGAUCCCAAUCUCACACCCGCUCUCACUCCCUCUUCGAUCCUCACUUCGUCCUCAGCUCUCACCCCUGGACCCUUCGAUCAUGCCAUGCCCUACUGCCAGCCCAGGUUCCAAAUUUCUCCUGACUUCUGGCCCGGCCUUGAGCAUCUUCGGCAUUCAACAAAGCCUUCUGCUAUCGCUGCUUAUACCCCUCCAGGUCGAGGUCGUCCAAGUGCCGCGCCAGACAUGGGACCUGAUCCUCGAUUAAACCGGACAAAUACUUCCAAUCUCGCUUUCGAAGACCUAUACCAUAUUCCACCUCCUGGACCCUACACCUUCAAUACCGAGCAUACCGCCACGACCGACGGCGAGAUCGCCACCGCCAGGAUCAUUGCCACCACCGAGAUCACCACCAUCACCACCAUCGAGACCAUCUUCAUCAGCAUCAUCGUGGCUGAUACCAACACCAUCAUCACCGCUACCGCCAAGAUCCCCUUCACCAACACCAUCAUGGCCGCUCCGAACACCGUCGUCACCACAACUAGAAUUCUCGCCAAUACCCACACUAGCACCAUCAUCACCGACACCGACACCGACCUCAUCACCAACCUUACAACCGCUCGAAUUCUCAUUACCGCUCGGAGUCUCGCUAAUACCUUCACUCCCACCAUCAGCAUCACGACCGCUCGGACUCUCACCAUCGAUCGAAUGCUCACCACCGCUCGGAUUCUCGCAAACACUAGCACUCUCACCAUCCGUACUCUCACCACCAGCAUCACAACCACUCGAAUGUUCACAAGCGCUAAGAUUCUCACCACCCCUCAGAUUAUCGUCAACAUCAGCAAUCUCACUACCAACACUCUCACCAGCACUCCCUUCACCAGCAUCACAACCGCUCGGAUGCUCGCCACUAUCACCCCCACCACCAAUAUCACAACCACCCCCCUCUCAACCCCGUUCCAUCACCAGAAUCGUCGUAGAGGCUGGCGCGCCGGACCCGACGGAAAGCCGAUGCAAGUAUCGAGCGGCGGGCACGGAGCAUCUCUCGACCAAAAGCCGCAGCGGCCAUCUCGCAAGCGUAAAGCGAAGACGGGGGCGAAGGCGGAGUAG